AAAUUACAAGGAUAUUAAACGGAACAUAAAAUAAUUCGAUUAUGUUGUGGAUAGCUUGACUGAUAAUCCAAAAGUUGCAAUAAAAUAACCAAACAAAUGUUACCAUAAAAGUAAUUGCACAUUUUUGUACAUUAAAAGUUUGAACUUUGGUAAUAUUCGUUUGCGUGUAACUUCUCUGGGGCAAAUGAAAACAGAGCGUUUGAUUUAAACAGUCUACCAUACUUUAAUUUUAAAUAUUAAUCAAAGCGAUGAUUUACUAUAUACUGCCAGUGCUGAUGCACGCAUUGCUGAGUGAAGCCACAUUGGAAGUGCAAACAGGGUUGCUUCAUCGACUAGUGCAGUUCUACAAGAACAGCUUCCUGAAUGACCUGAUCAGCGUCGCGCCAGUUAAAGUGGAAGUGUCGAUCGAGCCCGAACCCCCCGGGUAUGAGGACUCCACAGCCUGGGACUACGACUCCGUGAUCCGGCUGCUCGAGCUGCUCCGCGCGAGCGACUCCGCGCCCGCCAGGAAGCUGCACAGAGAGCUCACUCCGCUCACGGAGGUACCCUCAAGAAGAUAUUUAGGGAUGGGUAGACUUCACAAAGCCAGACAACUGAUAAAGAGGCGGAUGAUGAGGUGUGCUGGAAAUCCUAAAAGACCUGGGUAUCCAAAGAAUUGUCCGAAGAAGAAACAGCCAAUCCGAAGAGCAAGAGCAAGAGCAAGAAAGCACCAGAAGCAGAAGUCCCAAAAGUACCAGAAUUUCCAGAAGUACCCGAGUCGGAAGGACCUGAAUAGACUAUACAUUCCCAACUUUUACAAUCCCAACGAUAUUUAUUACGACGAGAUGCUCUCUGUAGAGGAAAUGAAAUUGGAACCUGAAAUCCCUAGUGCGGAAAGAGGCAAUAGUAGUCUCAAUGAUGAUGAAAUUCUCGUCAUAAGUAAUCCAGUGGAAGCCAAACUGCCGUCUGGCCAUAUCAGUAUAGGAAUGCUUAGACGUAUCCUAGAAGCGCGAGCGGAAGCUGCGCGCGUUAUGCCGACCAGACCGCCGCCUACAACUGACACAACCAAGGAGAAACAGGGCGAUGAAACUACAGCAGACGACGCUACAACCGGAGAUGGGAGCAGCAACACUACAUCUGCGGCAGGUGAUGACACCACGGUCCAAGAGGACGAGACGGGAGGUACAGCGGCAACGGGUUCGACGGGAGCUUCUGACGGUACAGACGCUGUUACGGAUGGAACUAGCCCAAGCACAGAUGAUGGAAAUAAAGAAGAAGGCAAAGAGGAGGGCAAUGAAGAAGGAAAAGACGAAGAAAAACCAGAAGGAGAAGAGGAGAAAAAUGAAGGUGAAGAAGAAAAGCCAGCUGAAGAUGAAAAUCCACCAGAAUAAUGAGGAGUUGACCAGUCUUGCCUGUAUAACAAACUUAUAUGAAUUAAAGUUUGUUUUAUUUA